GAAAUCCAUAGUAACAAUUAUUGUGUCAAUAUAUUUUUUUCAUUCAUUUUGAUAAACGUUAUUCAAGCUGAUUUUCUGUACUCGAAAAAAACUCUUGGUAAAAGUCUUUUUUUGGAAAGAGCUCGAGUCGAGAAGUGUUAAGAAAUUAAGUUUUUAUAAUUUCACAUUAGUAAACAAAGUGUUUAUCUGCAUACACAUUUUAUAAUUCCUUUGUUGUUUUUUAUUUAGAUAAAAUGAGUGGGAUCAGUAAAGAAAAAUAUUUAAAUCGAAUUAUUCCUCCUGAUGUAAAGGUGAAAGAUAUACCCCUAAUAAAAGCAACAAACGAAUCGUUAAAGGAUAUUGGCUUCUUGAUCACUUCUCCAGAUGAUGUCACUGUAGAAAACGGCAAAUUUGAUAUCGUUCCUUGGCCUACAAAAGGAUGGAGGUCACUUGAUCCAAACACGGGAAACGAAGCUGGAACGACUGAAGGAUCUAUGGAUAUUUAUUAGGAAGGUGAUCGAUUGUAUGGCAAAAAUCAUGCCAUUGCCACUGAUUCUAAUCAUUAUUUACUUGGAUAUGGAGACUUACCAUCUAGUUCAAACAGAAGUAAACCAUCGGAUAUUUCAUCUGUUCUCAUUUGGUAUUCUGAUUAUCAUCCUGAUGGUGGCCAGUUGUUCUUUCCCACUAAUGAUAAACCAUUCAUUUCCAAUUUGGCUCCACCUAUCGGUGAUGAUAUUACACCUGAUCAUUUCACUGCAUUUUAUGUAAGUGAGGGUUACGGUUUAUACAUUUAUCCUGGUGUAUGGCAUAAUGCUGUUUAUGUACAUCCAUCUCACUCUCCAGUCUCUUUAUUUGGUCGUCAAGGCCGUAUCCAUGCUCGUAUAUCUGUUGACUGGGUGAAAGAAUUCAAUACUCUUUUACGUAUUCCUCUCACAUUUGCAUCUAACGAAUGA